GAGUUCAACUUCGACGUCCACCAGACCUCUCACCAGCCUUCCACCGGGUUCUUCAGCGCUCUCCUCUCUGACCUCCGUGUCUUGAUAUUGCAGUCAGGCUCCAGGGUACUCCAAUUAAUUCAUAGGAAAAAUCCAGACAGACGCAGUCUCGGGCACUGCCGUGCCACGAUUUCGCCUCGCUUUCCUCCUGACCUCCGUCACCUCGACUUCUUCGUGAAAACCUCUGUAUCGCCUCACGAUACAAACCAUGCAUGCAGACAACUCCCAGCACCUUCGCCCACUACUCCCCCGGCCACCUGCAGACGAUGCCGUCCAUCUCUACCACCCAUACCCGACGGCUAUGGUGCAAUGCGGGGGCAGCAUGCACUGGCAGGGGGCGGGGCCUUCGACCGAACUCCCCGUAGAUGAACCCAUGGAUAUUGUCCAGGAAUGGUCUACACUACCAGCACCUGCUUCCCAAGAAUGGUCCUCACUGCCGCCUCCCGCUUCCGCUACGAAGGAGACUCUCGCGGAAGUCUUCUCCAGCCGCCACCCCUUGGACGUACCGAUAGAUGCGCCGCAGAACCUUAUCAUCUACCUUGCGCUGAAUGUAAAUGGGCUGUGGAGUGAAGGAGACCAUGGUCAGAGGGAGGAGCUGAACUCGGGCGGCAUCUUGGACUGCAAGCUCACAGAGUACGCGAUCCAGGAGCUGCUCCGGCGAAACACGCUCGACAUGCGCGUCAUCGCGAUCUUUGCGCUCGUCCUCGAGCGCAUCGUCAUGCCGAAGAUGAAGGCCGCGGGCCUGUCGACGUCCUUCCACUCCACCGGAACCAUGCCGUGGGUCCAGCCAUCUGACCAGGCGCUCGUGUGCACGAAGACGCGCUUAGCACAGUCUGUGGCCACGGAGUCCUCCCCCUUCGUCCCGCGCCCGAUGAAGCACAAUCGGAAAGCGCUGUAUGCCAACAUCCAGACCGACUACCGCGAGUACGACAGGGAUACGUAUUGGUUGGAUCUGCCGCCGACGCACUUGUCGCCGGACUACGCGCUCGAGCGGGCCCCGACGCUGCAGGAUCCCACGGCGCACCUGCGCGAUCCAGCGACGCGCAUAUACGACCCUAUGCCGGGCCUCCUGAAUGCGGGUUUGCAUAGGCUCGUGUACGGCCCGUACCUGCGGCAAACGCGGGGCAUGGAGUAUACGAGGCCGCUGGAGUGGCUGGUGCAUCGCUGUAUAUGCAAGCUGCACCUGACCGUUGCGCAAAUGGAGGUGCUGCCCCAGCAUAUAAAAGAGAGCGACGUGCUGGAGAUGAUCACGCGGAUGGGGUUGUAAAUUGGAAUGCUAGUCUUCACCUUUGCGUUGUACUCAUACAACAGUUGCCGUAGCCUCGGCAGACCCGAGAGACGGGACGGGAAAGCCCCGAAAGAGAAGAAUGCGUAUUGCCCGUAAGCGCGCUACGCACAUGUGUAUGGCUUGUCUUCAAUGUACUCUAGUGGCUCCGUCCAUCGCCCUCUGAUCCUAUCAUACUG